CGCUAAUAUGGAACUAGCAGUCUGGCACCCAACCUUUUUGUCCCCCUUCCCAACAGCUCUUCCCAAUCUCCGCCCCAAACCUCUGCGAAGAAGAAGAAAUGGAAAAUUAACGAAUUCGCACGAAAAAGCUGCAAACCCUAGCUGCCCCUGCCCACUGCAACCACCCCCCACCAUCACUUGUAGAUUCUCUCAAAAAGCCAUUUCCAUCAUCUCAACCUUUUCCACGCAGAUCUGCCCAUAAAGUUUCUGCUCAAGGAUUUAUAGGUCUGGUUUCCCAUUUCUCUCCGUUUCUAGCGUAUCUCUUUUUCUCUCCACCAGCGGGGACAGCCUUAGGAAGCGAAUCGAGGAUGUGGGAUUCAUGAGAGUUAUGUUUUUAGUAUGCUUAUGAUGAUGCCAGUGGAUGUUGGUACAAGGUGGAAGAAGAGAUGGACUUGAUGUCACUCUUGGGUCGGCAAGGAUGUUUGAAAAUCGGGAGGGGGAUUUGUCAAGAUGCAUGUUUUAAGAACUGUUAUUAACUUAUGAUACGACGAUUAGGAUGGUUGAUUGGUCUAAAUACUAAAAGUGGGUCAGAGAAGAGGCUACCUGAUGCAAGCAUACACACUACUAGAAUCAGGCCACUUACUACGAUGUCAGAAACCGUGCAAGAAAUUGCUAUUUAUAUCCACAGGUUUCACAACCUUGACCUUUUCCAGCAAGGAUGGUACCAAAUAAAGAUCACCAUGAGAUGGGAAGAUGAUGAGAUUACUACUGUAGCAACCCCAGCAAGGGUUGUUCAAUAUGAAGCUCCUGAUCUUGGCUUUGAUGACGUAUAUGGAGUUUGGAAGAUUGAUGAUACAGAUAAUAGCUUCUUGACACCCCCCUUCCGAAUAAGAUAUGCAAGGCAGGAUGUUCGGAUGUCUAUCCUGAUAUCGUUUAAUUUAUCCCUAAGUAAAUGUAAGGGUCCUUCCUCGUCUGCUGUUAUUUUGAAAUUUGAGCUUUUUCAAGCUCCAAUAACUGAAAGUGGGCAUCAAUUUCUGUCUACGUUGGAAGCAUCCUCUGUUGCUAUCCAUGAGUUUCGUGUUCCUCCCAAAGCUCUUCUGGGGGUGCAUUCAUAUUGCCCUGUUUACUUUGACGCAUUUCAUGCUGUGCUCGUUGAUGUGAGUGUCCAUGUCACCCUUUUGCAAGCUGGUUAUUACAAGAAGGUAGCCAGUGAUUCUCUCGAUUCUUCAGCCGGUGGAAGUCCUAAUGGGCUUGAUAAAGAAUUGGAUCCUGUAGAUCUGAGAGAGGUAGAACUUGUCAAGGCCUUUUUACUAGCCCGAGACGUAUUGAUGGAAGAGAUUCAUAAACUUAGCAAAGCCAUUAACAAAGUUGUUGACUUGACUGAGUUCAAACGAAAGAUGAAUGAUAUCAAGAUGUUAGAUUCUGUCUGGCAAGCAAGUUUGGGUACUUCAGAUGGUGAAUAUUCUGGACAAGGCAAGCGACAAAAUGGUCUUGAGACAGAAAAUGGUAUCUGGGACAUUCAAAGUGAGAGGUUGGGCAGUCUAUCGGUGGAUGCUUUAACAAAUAUUUUCCAUACACUGGGGUCGCAACAAUCGUAUUUAUGGGGCGUCUUUAUGCAGUUUCACAGGGAAAACAAAGUACAGAUACUGGAAUUUUUGCGCGACGGAUGGAGCAAGGAUCGCAGAGCUGAAUGGUCAAUAUGGAUGGUGUACUCGAAAGUUGAUAUGCCUCAUCAUUACAUAAGCAGUGGAAAUGAUGAUACUUCCAACAGUGUACCCAGAAGAGUUGCUGCUUUGUGGAAGCCUGCUCAAGCUGCAGCAACACGUGCUGAGCUUCAUCGACGAAGCAUAGCUCAAAUGAGGAUUAAUACUUGUUCAAUUCAAGACCUGUAUAUAUUCGGUGAUCCCUUGCGCAUUCCUAUUGUGAUAAUUGAGCGUGUCAUAAAUGCACCACGCCGUACCAUGAGUGAGAAUUCGUACUUUAAAAACAUGGACCUGAUAGAUUCUCAAGGAUUGAGACUGAAGACUAGUGCUGAGGCUGGAAGCAAACCAUCUCUUCCUACUAUUCAACCAACUGGCCGCGACUUGAAAAUUGUCGUGUUUGUGCAUGGUUUUCAGGUAAGCUGCUUCGAUUGUACUUUGGGACAUCAUCUGGAUUUACGGCUUGUUCGGAAUCAGUGGCUGUUGAUAGACCCCAAGAUAGAGUUUCUGAUGUCACAGGCAAAUGAAGAUAAAACCUCGGGAGAUUUCAGAGAAAUGGGACAAAGGUUGGCUCAAGAAGUGGUUUCUUUUGUUAAGAAGAAAAUGGAUAAAGUUUCAAGAUCUGGUCAUUUGAGAGAUAUUAAGCUCAGCUUUGCUGGGCACUCUAUUGGAAAUGUAAUUAUAAGAUCGGCUCUAUCAGAGAGCAUCAUGGAGCCAUAUUUGAGUUACCUCUACACCUACGUUUCUGUAUCUGGUCCACACUUGGGCUAUCUUUACAGUUCAAACUCUUUAUUUAAUUCUGGAAUGUGGCUUUUAAAGAAGCUGAAGGGAACACAGUGCAUUCAUCAGCUUACUUUCACGGAUGACCCUGAUCUCAGAAACACCUUCUUCUACCAGCUUUGCCAGCACAAGACACUAGACCACUUCAGAAACAUAAUACUGAUGUCAUCACCCCAGGAUGGUUAUGUGCCAUAUCAUUCAGCUAGAAUCGAACUGUGCCAGGCUGCAACCUUGGACCACUCCAAAAGAGGCAAGGUAUUCCUGGAGAUGCUAAAUAACUGCCUGGAUCAGAUACGGACCUCAACCACUGAGCAAAGGUUGUUUAUGCGAUGUGAUGUCAACUUUGAUACAACAGUGUAUGGGAAGAACUUCAACACAUUCAUAGGUCGGGCGGCACACAUUGAGUUUCUGGAGUCUGACGUCUUUGCAAAGUUCAUCAUGUGGUCUUUCCCUGAACUCUUCCGUUGAAUGGCCCAUGAAACCUGCUUGGCACUUUGCACCAUAUCUCUCCCGUCCUUUCCCCAACAUCUAGAACUCAUGAUGCCAGAACACCGGCUUUGGGAAUUUUUCUUGACCAGUUGCUGCGUGAAGUAUGAGCGUGGCUGAAGUUUGGCGGUUAAAGAAGGGAGUGGUCUGUGCCCUGUACCGAAAGGGUUUGAAAGAAGGUAGUCGAGGUGUAACUAUGUUUCUAGAAGUAGGAAGCAGGUGUAUAUCAGGUAACACCGUUGCUCUAUAGGCGGAUUCUAACCUUUGUACUUGUCAGUGCUAGAUGGAUGAGAAUCAGUGUAAUUAGGAAUUAUAGGUGGGUCGUGAAGUAAAUUGAGGGGAUUGGAUCCUUCACAUACAUUUUACACGAGGUGCUGAUAGAGUGAAACAUCAGUCAGUUUUAUGUACUUUUCUAGUAGUGUUUAACAGAGCUUUGAAUUGGAGUGAUCAUGGAUGGUGCUUGUCUAUUUGGUUGCUUGCGAAGAAGGGGAACAGGUGAAAUAAGUCACAAAAAUAUGG